CAUCCCCCGCUGAGGUCCUGGUGAGAGGAGGAGGAGGGGAGAAGCAGACUGCUUGGAGGCGGCAAGAUGGCGUCCGGGUACUGAAGGCUCCGCCGAUUUCUAGCCGGUGUCGGAUGUCGUUUUGGCGGCUGGCGAAGAAUUUGCGAAGGAAGAGAGAAGGGAGCUGCGUGUAGCCGGGGGCCGUCUUUGUCUGGUGGUUGAGCGGGAGGAGAGACCGAGGCUCCGCCUCGUAGGGCGGCCAGCAGACAUCUUCUUCUUCCCGUAGUCCUAUUAAUAAUCCUCGGCGGACCCGCCAUGACUUCCAUUCACUUCGUGGUCCAUCCGCUUCCCGGGACCGAGGACCAGCUCAAUGACCGGUUAAGAGAAGUUUCUGAAAAGCUGAAUAAAUAUAACUUAAGCAGUCACCCCCCAUUGAAUGUACUGGAGCAGACGACUAUAAAACAGUGUGUGGUUGGGCCGAAUCAUGCUGCUUUCCUCCUAGAGGAUGGAAGAGUUUGCAGAAUUGGCUUCCUAGUCCAGCCAGACAGACUUGAAUUGAGUAAACCAGAGAAUAAUGAUGGUUCAAAGUUGAACAGUGGCUCAGGGGCAGGAAGGACAUCCAGGCCAGGCAGGACUAGUGACUCUCCCUGGUUUUUGUCUGGUUCUGAGACUCUGGGCAGACUGGCAGGCAACACCCUUGGCAGUCGAUGGAGCUCUGGAGUAGGUGGAAGCGGUGGCGGAUCCUCUGGUCGCUCGUCAGCCGGUGCUCGCGACUCUCGGAGACAAACGCGAGUCAUUCGCACAGGACGAGACAGGGGCUCAGGUCUCCUGGGUAGUCAGCCACAGCCUGUGAUUCCAGCUUCAGUGAUACCAGAAGAACUUAUAUCACAGUCUAUCUCUGAAUCACAGGCGCAAGUUGUCCUUCAAGGAAAGUCUAGAAGCGUUAUAAUUAGAGAACUCCAAAGAACAAACCUUGAUGUGAACUUGGCUGUAAAUAAUCUCCUGAGCCGAGACGACGAGGAUGGCGAUGACGGGGAUGACACUGCCAGUGAAUCCUACUUACCUGGAGAGGAUCUUAUGUCACUGCUGGAUGCUGACAUUCAUUCUGCUCACCCAAGUGUCAUAAUUGAUGCUGAUGCUAUGUUUUCAGAAGAUAUUAGCUACUUUGGUUAUCCAUCCUUUCGGCGCUCUUCACUUUCCAGGAUAGGCUCAUCUAGAGUUCUCCUUCUUCCCUUAGAAAGAGACUCUGAGCUGUUGCGUGAACGUGAGUCAGUUUUACGCUUGCGCGAGAGGCGGUGGCUUGAUGGGGCCUCAUUUGAUAACGAACGGGGCUCCACAAGUAAAGAAGGUGAGCCCAGUUUGGACAAGAAGAACACCCCAAUACUGAGUCCAGUGUCACUGGGAGAAGACUUGCAGUGGUGGCCAGAAAAGGAUGGAACAAAAUUUGUUGCUAUUGGGGCACUAUAUUCUGAACUAGUUGCAGUAAGCAGCAAAGGAGAGCUUUUUCAGUGGAAGUGGUUAGAAUCUGAACCAUACAGGAACCCACAGAACCCCUUGAUUCAUCAUCCAAGGACAAGUUUUCUAGGUUUGACGAAUGAAAAAAUUGUACUCCUUUCUGCAAAUAGCAUACGAGCUACUGUCGCUACGGAAAGCAACAAGGUUGCCACCUGGGUUGAUGAAACGCUUAGUUCUGUGGCUACAAAAUUAGAACACACAGCACAGGUAUUCCCUGAAUUACAGGGAGAGAAGAUUGUAUCUCUACAUUGCUGUGCACUUUACACAUGUGCUCAACUGGAGAAUAAUCUCUAUUGGUGGGGAGUUGUACCUUUCAGUCAGAGGAAGAAGAUGCUUGAGAAAGCGCGUGCGAAAAAUAAAAAGCCCAAAUCCAGUGCUGGGAUUUCUUCACUGCCAAAUAUCACGGUUGGUACUCAGGUUUGCUUGAGAAAUAACCCGCUGUAUCAUGCGGGUGCUGUGGCAUUUUCUAUCAGUGCUGGCAUUCCUAAAGUUGGCGUCUUAAUGGAGUCGGUGUGGAAUAUGAAUGAUAGCUGCCGGUUCCAGCUGAGGUCUCCGGAGAGCCUGAAAAACAUGGAGAAGUCCAGCAAGACCACCGAAGCCAAGCCUGAAAGCAAACAAGAACCUGUAAAGACCGAAAUGGGACCACCUCCAUCCCCAGCAUCUACAUGUAGUGAUGCUUCUUCUAUUGCCAGCAGUGCGUCAAUGCCUUACAAACGCAGGCGAUCCACACCAGCUCCCAAGGAGGAAGAGAAGGUUAAUGAAGAGCAGUGGUCCCUCAGGGAGGUGGUCUUUGUUGAGGAUGUCAAAAAUGUCCCCGUGGGCAAGGUGCUGAAGGUGGAUGGUGCCUAUGUUGCUGUGAAGUUCCCAGGGACAUCAAAUAGUACCAACAGUCAAUGCACUCCUGGCUGUGAACCUGACCCAUCUUCACUUCUCCAAGAUUGUCGACUUCUAAGGAUAGACGAACUUCAGGUGGUGAAGACAGGUGGAACACCCAAGGUCCCUGACUGUUUCCAGAGGACUCCGAAAAAGUUGUGUAUUCCUGAAAAAACUGAAAUCUUGGCUGUGAACGUGGAUUCUAAAGGGGUUCAUGCUGUUUUGAAGACUGGAACAUGGGUGCGUUACUGUAUUUUUGACCUUGCUACUGGGAAAGCUGAGCAGGAGAACAAUUUCCCAACCAGCAGCAUUGCUUUUCUCGGUCAGAAUGAGAGAAAUGUGGCUAUAUUCACAGCUGGACAGGAGUCUCCAAUUAUCCUAAGAGACGGAAAUGGGACAAUUUAUCCCAUGGCAAAAGACUGCAUGGGUGGCAUCAGAGACCCUGAUUGGCUGGACCUUCCCCCCAUCAGCAGCCUUGGUAUGGGAGUUCACUCCCUGGCUAAUCUCCCAGCAAAUUCAACCAUCAAGAAGAAGGCUGCAAUUAUUAUCAUGGCCGUUGAGAAACAAACCUUGAUGCAACAUAUUCUGCGUUGUGAUUAUGAGGCCUGCAGGCAGUAUCUAGUGAACCUGGAACAAGGAGUGGUUCUGGAUCAAAACACCCAGAUGUUGCAGACCUUCCUCAGCCACCGGUGUGAUGGAAAUCGAAACAUCCUGCACGCCUGCGUGUCUGUGUGCUUUCCAACAAGCAACAAGGAGACUAAAGAGGAGGAGGGUAGGGAAGCAGAGCGCUCGGAGAGGAACACAUUCGCAGAGCGAUUAUCUGCUGUAGAAGCUAUAGCUAAUGCCAUCUCUGUAGUGUCCAGCAAUGGUCCUGGAAAUCGAGCUGGAUCCUCCAGUAGCCGAAGCUUAAGACUGAGGGAGAUGAUGAGGCGGUCUCUUCGUGCAGCAGGACUGGGGAGACAUGAAUCUGGAGCUUCGGGUGAUCACCAAGACCCAGUGUCUCCUCCUAUAGCUCCACCCAGCUGGGUGCCAGACCCACCUGCUAUGGAUCCAGAUGGUGAUAUAGAUUUUAUCCUGGCCCCUGCAGUAGGAUCCCUUACCACAGCAUCUACUGGCACAGGUCAAGGGCCUAGUACAUCAACCAUACCAGGUCCUUCUUCAGAGCCUUCUGUAGUGGAGUCCAAGGAUCGCAAAGCGAACGCUCACUUCAUUCUGAAAUUAUUGUGUGAUAGCAUAGUUCUGCAGCCGUACCUCAGAGACCUUCUUUCUGCUAAGGAUGCCAGAGGUAUGACCCCCUUCAUGUCGGCUGUAAGUGGAAGAGCUUACCCUGCAGCUAUAACUAUUCUGGAGACUGCGCAGAAAAUCGCUAAAGCAGAAGGAAAUGCCAAUGAGAAAGAGGAAGAUGUGUUCAAGGCAAUGAUCUGCCCACCUGGCACAAAUGCAGAUGACUCCCCUCUGUAUGUUCUGUGCUGCAAUGACACCUGUAGCUUCACAUGGACUGGAGCUGAGCACAUAAAUCAGGAUAUAUUUGAAUGCAGAACAUGUGGGUUGUUAGAAUCUCUCUGCUGUUGUACGGAGUGUGCCAGGGUCUGCCACAAAGGACAUGACUGCAAGCUGAAGCGUACAUCACCCACUGCCUACUGUGAUUGCUGGGAGAAAUGUAAAUGCAAGACGCUAAUUGCAGGUCAAAAGUCUGCCCGUCUAGAUCUAUUAUACCGACUGCUGACCAUCACUAAUCUAGUGACAAUGCCAAAUAGCAGAGGGGAGCACCUUCUUCUGUUCCUUGUGCAGACUGUUGCCAGGCAGACGGUUGAACACUGUCAGUACAGACCACCACGCAUACGAGAAGAUAGAAACCGCAAAGCAGCCAAUCCUGAAGCUUUUGUUCCAGAUUCUGAUAUGCCAGAUCAUGACUUGGAACCCCCAAGAUUUGCACAGCUUGCCCUUGAACGUGUCUUACAGGACUGGAAUGCACUUAAAUCUAUGAUCAUGUUUGGCUCUCAAGAAAACAAAGACCCUCUGAGUGCCAGCAGUCGGAUCGGUCACCUUCUCCCAGAGGAACAAAUUUACUUGAAUCAACAGAGCGGUACCAUUCGCCUUGACUGCUUUACACACUGCCUUAUUGUCAAGUGUACUGCUGACAUCUUGCUGCUGGACACAUUGCUGGGAACUCUAGUAAAAGAACUUCAGAACAAGUACACUCCUGGACGUCGAGAAGAGGCGGUGGCUGUCACUAUGCGAUUUCUGCGUUCUGUGGCGCGUGUGUUUGUCAUACUCAGUGUUGAAAUGGCUUCCUCCAAGAAGAAAAAUAACUUUAUUCCACAGCCAAUAGGCAAAUGCAAGAGGGUAUUCCAAGCACUGCUUCCAUAUGCAGUAGAGGAGCUGUGUAAUGUUGCAGAGUCGCUCAUUGUUCCAGUGAGAAUGGGAAUCGCACGACCUACUGCACCCUUCACUUUGGCCAGCACAAGUAUCGAUGCAAUGCAGGGAAGUGAAGAACUCUUUUCUGUUGAGCCUCUCCCUCCAAGGCCAUCCUCUGACCAGUCUAACAGUUCCAGUCAAUCACAGUCUUACAUCAUUAGAAAUCCUCAGCAGAGAAGAAUAAGCCAGUCACAGCCCGUGAGAAGCCGGGAUGAGGAACAGGAUGAUAUUGUGUCUGCCGACGUGGAAGAGGUGGAAGUAGUAGAAGGAGUUGCUGGUGAGGAAGACCAUCAUGAUGAGCAAGAGGAACAUGGAGAAGAGAAUGCGGAAGCUGAAGGACAACAUGAUGAGCAUGAUGAGGAUGGGAGUGACAUGGAGUUGGACCUUCUGGCUGCUGCUGAGACAGAAAGUGACAGUGAAAGCAAUCACAGUAAUCAGGACAAUGCUAGUGGCCGCAGAAGUGUUGUCACAGCAGCUACUGCCGGCUCAGAAGCAGGUGCCAGCAGUGUUCCAGCGUUCUUCUCUGAGGAUGACUCUCAGUCCAAUGACUCCAGCGACUCUGACAGCAGCAGUAGUCAGAGUGAUGACCUUGACCAGGAGACAUUUAUGAUUGAUGAGCCUUUAGAGAGGUCUACAAACAGCAACCAUGCCAAUGGUGCUGCACAAGCUCCUCGUUCUAUGCAGUGGGCUGUGAGGAACACACAGAAUCAGAGAACGCCUAACACUGCGCCAUCUAGCACUUCUACCCCUGCAGCGAGUUCAGGAGCUCUAAUUUACAUUGAACCAUCUAGUUUACGUCGAAGUGGAAACAUGAGCUCUACUGCAGCAGCAGCCCUUGAAGCCAGCAACUCCAGUAGCUACUUGACAUCAGCAAGCAGUCUGGCAAGGGCUUAUAGCAUAGUUAUUCGGCAAAUAUCGGACUUAAUGGGGCUCAUCCCAAAAUACAACCAUUUGGUCUACUCUCAGAUUCCUGCUGCUGUAAAGCUGACUUAUCAAGAUGCAGUAAACUUGCAGAACUAUGUGGAAGAAAAGCUUAUUCCAACAUGGAACUGGAUGGUCAGUAUAAUGGAUUCCACUGAAGCUCAGCUUCGUUAUGGGUCUGCACUGUCUUCAGCUGGAGAUCCAGGUCAUCCAAAUCAUCCUCUCCAUGCUUCUCAGAAUCCCACCAGAAGAGAACGCAUGACUGCCAGAGAAGAAGCCAGCCUGAGGACACUAGAAGGCAGAAGAAGAGCCACCCUACUAAGUGCACGUCAAGGAAUGUCUGCACGCGGAGACUUUCUGAACUAUGCACUCUCACUAAUGCGCUCUCACAAUGAUGAACACUCCGAUGUGCUUCCGGUGUUGGACGUGUGUUCCCUGAAACACGUGGCCUAUGUUUUCCAGGCUCUUAUUUACUGGAUUAAAGCAAUGAACCAACAGACCACACUGGACACACCUCAGCUAGAGAGGAAAAGAACUCGAGAACUCUUAGAACUUGGCCUUGAUAAUGAAGACUCGGAGCAUGAGAAUGAUGACGACACCAAUCAGAGUUCGACAUUAAAUGACAAGGAUGAAGAUACGUUGCCUGCAGAGACUGGCCAGAAUCACCCGUUCUUCCGUCGCUCUGAUUCUAUGACCUUCUUGGGCUGCAUUCCACCAAAUCCUUUUGAGGUUCCUCUUGCAGAAGCCAUCCCACUUGCUGACCAGCCACAUCUCUUACAGCCCAAUGCCCGUAAGGAAGACUUGUUUGGCCGGCCGAGUCAGGGCCUGUAUUCAUCUUCAGCUAAUAGUGGAAAAUGCCUGCUUGAAGUGACAGUGGACAGAAACUGUUUGGAGGUUUUGCCUACCAAAAUGUCCUAUGCUGCUAACCUGAAGAAUGUAAUGAGCAUACAAAGCAAUCAGAAAGAGACAGAAGAAACCGCUGCACCUCAGGAAGAAAUGGACAGCUCAAAGCCAGGACCAUCAGCGCAUGAUCUGGCUGCUCAGUUGAAGAGCAGCUUGCUGGCGGAGAUUGGGCUGACAGAGAGCGAGGGCCCUCCUCUGACUUCAUUCAGGCCACAGUGCAGUUUUAUGGGCAUGGUGAUCUCUCAUGAUAUGCUGUUGGGUCGAUGGAGGUUGUCACUUGAGCUUUUCGGCAGAGUGUUCAUGGAGGAUGUUGGAGCAGAGCCGGGAUCAAUAUUGACGGAGUUGGGUGGCUUUGAAGUGAAAGAAUCUAAAUUCCGCAGAGAGAUGGAAAAACUGCGAAAUCAGCAAUCUAGAGAUUUAACCUUGGAGGUUGACAGAGACCGAGACCUCCUUAUUCAGCAGACAAUGAGGCAGUUGAAUAACCAUUUUGGACGUAGGUGUGCCACAACACCAAUGGCUGUGCACAGGGUAAAGGUCACUUUUAAAGACGAGCCAGGAGAGGGCAGCGGAGUAGCCCGAAGCUUCUAUACUGCUAUUGCUCAAGCAUUUCUGUCAAAUGAAAAAUUGCCAAGUCUAGACUGCAUUCAGAACACCAACAAAGGAACACAUACAAGUUUGAUGCAGAGGCUAAGAAAUCGAGGGGAGCGUGACCGGGAAAGAGAACGGGACAUGCGACGAAGCAGUGGUUUAAGAGCUGGAUCUCGGAGGGACAGAGACAGAGAUUUCAGGAGACAGCUGUCGAUUGACACAAGGCCUUUUAGGCCAGCCUCUGAAGGGAACCCCAGUGAUGAUCCAGAUCCUCUUCCAGCUCACAGACAGGCUCUUGGGGAGCGGCUGUAUCCACGUGUACAAGCCAUGCAGCCUGCCUUUGCAAGUAAAAUUACUGGUAUGCUGCUAGAAUUGUCUCCAGCCCAACUGCUACUGCUGCUGGCCAGCGAAGACUCUCUAAGAGCCCGGGUGGAUGAAGCUAUGGAAUUGAUUAUCGCACAUGGAAGGGAAAAUGGAGCAGACAGUAUACUGGAUCUUGGCUUGUUGGAUUCAUCUGAAAAAGUUCAGGAAAACCGUAAACGUCAUGGAUCCAGCCGCAGUGUGGUUGAUAUGGAGCUAACGGAUACAGAUGAUGGUGAUGAUAACGCCCCCUUAUUCUAUCAGCCUGGUAAACGAGGAUUCUAUAGUCCCAGGCCAGGCAAGAACACAGAGGCCCGAUUAAACUGUUUCCGGAAUAUUGGAAGGAUCCUUGGCCUGUGCUUGUUGCAGAAUGAACUAUGUCCGAUCACAUUAAGCCGACAGGUUAUAAAGGUUCUCUUGGGCAGAAAAGUGAACUGGCAUGAUUUUGCUUUUUUUGAUCACGUGAUGUAUGAAAGUCUGCGACAGCUCAUCCUCGCCUCACAGAGUCCAGAUGCAGAUGCAGUGUUUGCAUCAAUGGACUUGGCGUUCGCUAUAGACCUGUGCAAGGAGGAGAGUGGAGGACAGGUGGAGCUCAUUCCCAAUGGUGUAAAUAUCCCUGUAACCCCUCAAAAUGUAUAUGAAUAUGUAAGAAAAUAUGCUGAACAUAGGAUGCUGGUAGUAGCAGAACAGCCUCUACAUGCAAUGAGGAAAGGACUGCUAGAUGUAAUUCCAAAGAGUGCACUAGAAGAUUUAACGGCAGAAGAUUUCAGACUUCUGGUGAAUGGCUGCGGUGAAGUUAAUGUUCAGAUGUUGAUUAGUUUUACAUCUUUCAACGAUGAGUCAGGAGAAAAUGCAGAAAAGCUUUUGCAAUUCAAGCGUUGGUUCUGGUCAAUUGUUGAAAAGAUGAGCAUGACUGAGCGGCAAGAUUUAGUUUAUUUCUGGACAUCAAGCCCAUCUUUGCCCGCAAGUGAAGAAGGUUUUCAGCCCAUGCCUUCCAUUACCAUACGACCGCCAGAUGACCAACAUCUCCCUACUGCCAACACCUGUAUCUCUCGCCUGUAUGUCCCCCUCUACUCUUCCAAACAGAUUCUCAAACAGAAGUUAUUACUGGCUAUUAAAACCAAGAACUUUGGGUUUGUGUAGAUUAAAUAAAGCGUUUUCCCCAUGUAAUAUAUCUAGCAAACAUGUUUUUCUUAGAUCUUUUUCCAUUUGUCGAAAAGGUUUAUGAAUUUUAACAGUUUUGCCCAACCAUGAUGUCGCGUUGAGGACUUUCUGGCGCUUUGAUUGCAGUGGCGUCUAACGCCAAUUGGUCACGCAAAACCCAACUGAGUACAAUUAUUGGGGGGCCAGUCUAUCGGGUCUUCUGACAAACGGUUUGGCUUGUUACCGUUCCUUUUAAAUCGAAAGAAAAGGAGGAAGAUGAAGCAACACUGUGAUAGUCUCUUCCCAGACAGGAAAAGGUUCUAAACAUGUCUGACUUUUCACUGCUGCCUUUGUGAAAAUUGCUUUAUCAUUGACUCUUGGAAGGAGGGAAUAAUAUCAAAAUCAAAAAUGUAUUCUGCCACACCCUUUUAUUUCCUUUUUAUUUUUUGUGGGAUUUUUGGGGGUACUUUUUUCCUCCUCCCAUGCUAUUUAAUUUGUAGUUUGGCUACUGUGUUGUACAUGAUGUAUAUUAAACUUGUAAAAGUGAUAUCCUGAAAAAAAAAAUAAUGAGCUUAUGUUGCACUAUUUUUAUUUUUCACGUGUCAUGUCAAUCUCUAAUCACAAUCUUUUCCAUAGACUGGAGCGUUUGAGAAUAGGUCAUGACAAAAUUGCAUGUACAAAUACAUGUAUGUAAUUUUAUGUUAAAUGCAUAAAAAUUCAGUUGGAUAUUU